CAGAUAGAGACUGAGUAUUGUAAGAAAGUAGACCACAAGAACAGAAGGUUCCAGAACGUGAUGGCACAGCAAAAAAAUCAGCAGCUGUUUUCACUGAGACAGUGGAGGGCCACCAAGCGAUUCUUCAAUGGCGAAGGAGGGGCUUGGAAGGACAAGUAAGUCACUUAGUCUGGUCUAGUGACUCACAUUGUUUGAAUGGUCUCGGCCAGGGGUCUGCAACCUUUUUUGAUUGAGGAGCCACUUUUAUAAAGUAUAUCUGCUGAGCCAAUAUUUUGGGACUGCUGGUCUUGGUUGAAUAUUUAAAUGUUAAGUUGCCCUUGAUAUAGAUCUUUUUCUUAGUGAGGUAACUUUAUAUUCUAACUCCAGCUUAUAAAAAAUUUGUUAUGUGCUCCUGUUAUCUCCAGACAUCAACAAGUGGUCCACUGGAAACUGUCUAACCAAGAAAACUUUCAGCGCAUGAAAGUAAAACUGACUCAGAACUACAAUUUUGAUAGUCACAUCAAUGCCAGCCACCUCAGGGACAAUGUGGGUAUGUACAGCACAGGGGCCCCCCAGCCACCUCAGGGACAAUGUGGGUAUGUAAAGCACAGGGGACCCAAGCCAUCUCAAGGACAAUGUGGGUAUGUAUAGCACAGGGAACCCCAGCCAACUCAGGUACAAUGUGAGUAUGUUUAACUCAGGGGCCCCCAGCCAACUCAGGGACAAUGUGAGUGUGUACAACAAAUGGACCCCAGCCAACUCAGGGACAUUGUGGGUAUGUUUAAUACAGGGGCCCCCAACCAACUAUUGGACAAUGUGAGUAAGGAUAACACUGGGGCCCCCAGCCAACUCAGGGACAAUGUAUGUAUAACACAGGGGACCCCAGCCAACUCAGGGACAAUGCGUGUAUAACACAGGGUUCCCAAAAUCUCCAGGGACAAUUUAUGUAUAACACAGGGUUCCCAUACUUCAGGGACAAUGUAUGUAUAACACAGGGUUCCCAUACUUCAGGGACAAUGUAUGUAUAACACAGGGUUCCUAUACUUCAGGGACAAUGUAUGUAUAACACAGGGUUCCCAUACUUCAGGGACAAUGUAUGUAUAACACAGGGUUCCCAUACUUCAGGGACAAUGUAUGUAUAACACAGGGUUCCCAUACUUCAGGGACAAUGUAUGUAUAACACAGGGUUCCCAUACUUCAGGGACAAUGUAUGUAUAACACAGGGUUCCCAUACUUCAGGGACAAUGUAUGUAUAACACAGGGUUCCCAUACUUCAGGGACAAUGUAUGUAUAACACAGGGUUCCCAUACUUCAGGGACAAUGUAUGUAUAACACAGGGUUCCCAUACUUCAGGGACAAAUGUAUGUAUAAUACAGGGUUCCCAUACUUCAGGGACAAUGUAUGUAUAACACAGGGUUCCCAUACUUCAGGGACAAUGUAUGUAUAAUACAGGGUUCCUAUACUUCAGGGACAAUGUAUGUAUAAUACAGGGUUCCCAUACUUCAGGGACAAUGUAUGUAUAACACAGGGUUCCCAUACUUCAGGGACAAUGUAUGUAUAAUACAGGGUUCCUAUACUUCAGGGACAAUGUAUGUAUAACACAGGGUUCCCAUACUUCAGGGUCAAUGUGGGUAUUCACUUUGUGAUAGGGAUACCCCGUCACUUCAUGGACAAUGUGGGUAUGUACUCUAACACAAGGGUCCCCGGUUAUUUUGGGGAUAAUGUGGGUUUUUAAUAUUGGGAUUCCCUGUCAUCUCAGGGAAAAUUUUGAUAUUUUUAGGAUCAAUUGAUUCUGGGACAUCACUCUGCUUAGAAGAACUCAAGGGAGUUAAAGAAGCUUUGGUAUCAAAAGAAAACAUUGCAGACGACACACUUGGAGAUGAAGAGUGGAGCGCCAUCUCAGCCUCAAGGUAAGACCUUGACCCUAGUAUCAACAGUUUCUAUUGUUCCUCCCCCCCACCCUAAAAAAACCCACUCAGCACUUUAUUGUUAAGACUAUAUUGUAUGUAGCUUUAACUUACAUGUAGUCAAACAAUGGUGUAAACUAGAAGUACUCAGCCAUCACGUCAACCUGUAAGGUUUGCUGUACAUUGUACAAGUGUUAAUUGUGUUUAGAGUUGUACAGCCGUACAUGAUUCUUACAGUUUUUCAAUGGAUUUGGACAAAUAAAAUUUUGCACACAACAGUGAAGACGCAGGAUUAAAAUCUUAACAGGCAGUGCAAUAAAUUGGUCAACAGAAAGGUGAAAUCCUAUUGGUCUGUUCAAAAUGACCUCUGACCCCAAAGUUCUAAGAUGGGUAGGCCAUCCCAUUGUAGAAACUGUGCAGCUUCGUUGAGCAUCAUUGAGACCAAUGGGCAAUAGAACUGACCAUUCGUUAAUAGUACGACAGCCUUGUUUGGCAGUAACUACUUUCAGUAGUUAACCAUGGCCACACAUCAGUUUGUAUGAUCCUAUUUAACACUUCACAUCCUCAAAGUGCAUAUGGUAAAAAAAAAAAAAAACUAUCCACAGUCCACAGGGCUUUUCCCCAUGGUGCAGUGAAACUACAGCUAUAAAUUGUUGGUAGACUUAAUAGAUUUGUAUAGACGGACAAAACAUAUUUCCUUUCAUUAAUUUAAAACUGGAAUCUGUUGUAUUACUACAGCUAGCAUAUUUAACUGAAGAAUAUGUCUAAAUACAUCUAAACUGCUAUUAAACUCGUCAUCAAGGUCAAUUCAUAUAAAAGUUGCUACUGAUCAGUGUAAAAAAACAACAGAAUCUGAUGAAAAUUGGACUUUAUUCAUCUAUAAUUAUGCUAAAAAGUGCACAGCGAAGGUAAAAUUAAUUUUUAAAAGUAGGCCUGUCCAGAAGGCCAAGUUUGCAUGCAGCCAAAACAUUGAUAACGUACGGAUGAAAAUGUCACUUUUUAAAAAAUCUAUUUUGUUUAUUACGGUUUUUUGUGGUGUUCUCAAAUUUGUGGAUGACUUUUUACACAGUUUUAUGGGGAUUUUUGUACAGUAGUUGUGGUACUUUUGUAAAGUUUUUUUUUUUUUUUUAAAUCCCAACAAGUUGGCAUGUAUGGCUCAUGCCGAUGUCUCGUUUUCAUUUUAGUUGAUACUUGUAUUGGCCUUUUAAUGUGCCAUGAAUUAGUGUUCUAAUAUCACAUCGUAAUUUGGAAAUAUUUCAAGAAAUUCAUCACAAUAAAUUUAAAGCCUAGAAGCUAAUGAAGAUGUCUAGAACUUGUAUUUGUUAAAUCUGUAUGUUUAAGACUCCACCAGCGCAGCACAUUGGCCUCUACCUUGUUGUCCUUCUUGUAUUUCCAGUGCCAACAUUGAAGAAUACACAGGGCGAGAAAAGCUGGUCAUCUCUGCUGACUGUGAACUUAUCUGGAAGGCUUGAGGUCACCACGACCCAUGUAUAUUUCUUCGACUGCAGCCCCCACAAGGAAGAGGGUGAGAAUAACGAUCUCAUCAUCUGGAUGUCGCAUAUAUCCAGGUCUGCCUGUUCAAUUUCCCGUUGACAGGCUCAUGCCUCUCUUUUCUUGCCUUUUUUGCAAAGUAUCUUUUUAAGGUGCUGGGUGGCCGAAUGGUCUAAACUGAGCAAAUCUCAAGUUGGUGGUCUAGAGUUCAAUUCCAGCUAGAGCCCAGUCAAGCAAUAACACCACCAGCACCCCGUGUAGAUGAGACUCGUUAACCUUGGAUGGCAACUCAUCUAAGAGAAGGAAACUCUGAAAUCAAACCCGGAGAUGGAGUCCCGAAAGGCGGAUAACAUUGAUACAAUGAAACAUUCCGGCUACUCCUGCGACGUCACUGGUACCAAGCUGUAUCAUCCAAUGAUGUUCCCUUGGGUUACCCAGCGGCGUGGAGAGAGGCGAUUUGCUGUUGGGAACCAGCUUAUAAUCCUUGAAGUAUAAUCCCAGGCCAUGUGGAUUUCGUCCUCCGAAGCCCACUCCAUCUUCACAUUGUGACGGACGGAUGCCAGCAGCAAUCUUUUUAAGGUCAUUUUUUUUAAAACAAAAUUUGACCAUUGGUUCAAUCUGUUUGGAUGGACAACUUUCAUCACCUUUCAUACAUCCUAGUGAGCUGUCCUAAAGCACAUAAUAUCUACCAGCUUGGAAUCUUGCAGGCUCUGUUAAAUCCAGGAUAUAUGUAUUUUAUACACACUGUCCUGAUAAAAAUGGAACCCUUUUUAAAAUGGUGGAAACUAAUGGUAAAUAUCUAUCAAUUUUUAAAUUAUUUUUUUUUUUUUUUUUUGGGUGGGGGGGGGGGGGGUUGUAAAAUAUGUCAGGACUAAAAUGAGAUGUUUUUUUUUUAAAUUGAUGAAUAUCUACAAGUGUUUUUCAUCAUUAUCAGAAGGGUUCACUUUCACUUUUUUUGCCCCGGACACAGUCUGGCUUCAGGUUUCUGCUUGGAAAUUUAAAAAAGAAUUAAGUUUAAAACUGUUAAGGUGUUUCCAUUUUUUUUUUUUACAAUAAUAAUUUAAAAUGAGGAUGACUGUUUUUUAAUGUUGCUUUCCCAAAUUAUUAAAAAAAAAUAAAUUUACUUAUCCGUCUUCAACUACUUCAAGUGACAGUGACAGUCUGCUUUUAAAAAAUGUCCAUACAAAUACUUCAGGGGCUGUCCAUUAAUUAUGUCAACAAAUUUUUGGUGAUUUUGACCUCCCCCCCCUCCCCCUUGUCAACAACUUGUCAAGCUUUCAGAGACCCCCCUCCCCUCUAAAAUUACGUCAACAUUUGAUUACACCCCAAUAAAAAUAAAAUGGAAACAUUUUUAUUUUUUUUUUUAAAUAGACUAGUUUACAACAAAAAGUGAAUAAAAGUAAAUUGUUUAGAAAAAAAAGUAAUAAAAAUAAACUUUUAAUAUUAACUUAUGAACAUAUUUCCAAUUUAUAACUACAAAGGCUUACUCUAAAAAGAAAAGAGAUUAUAGGGUUUACAAAAAUGUAUCCACAUUACACCUUUAAAUUAUGAACAAAUUUCAAAUUAAUAUUAUAACACUUUAAAGACUAUUUGAAUAUUUACUAAGACUUGUUCUAACUUCAAGCAGAAACGAGAUUACAAAGUUAAACUAUAAGUACACUUUUAAUUUAUUAACAUAUUUUUGUACACACAAAUCCAAAUCUUAUAUUCUAGCCUAUAUAUCUUCCCAUGGAGAUGUCAAAUGUUCCUCAAGUGUUAUUAUUGGCAUAGGUUCUGGCUGAAUAAUUUCUUGUGGAACCGAAACACCAGACAAGUCAACAUUUUCUUCAUCUAGCCAUUCUGCACUUAGCAUCUCCCCAUGAGCAAUAAUUGCCAUGAACUCUCGCUGUCUUUUGGCAGCCACUUACAUUGGAUGAAUUCUUUGCUGUUGGGGUGCAUGUAGUAUUUGACUGGGCCCAGGCAUACAUUGUUGGUGCUGUUGAACGUGCUUCUUUAACAUGGCUUGCGAAGCAACAUAAUGGUGACAGAUUUUACAGAUCCGUUGAAACAAUAGCAACUGAAUAGAUGGACAAUAUAUAUCAUAUGGAAGAAUUUUGAAUGCUUUUGCCGAUCGAGGUAGUAUGUUUUCAACUUUCACAGACUGAUUGAAGAAAAGAGAUGGAAAUCUAUGUGAGAUUAUAUCAGAUACAUCUGGUACGGCCCUCAUUAGUUUGGCAGACUGGAAUUGGUGGGGGGAUAAAUUUAUCAGCAAUAAUAUCAAAGUACGAGCUUCUAAUCUGCAACAAGUUAAAUCACAACAUUUGACAAUUUGUAGAAAGUACUGACUUGUUCUUACAUGGUUUUGGCACCAAACUUGAUCUUUGAUUAUUAAAUUUUCAAGCUCAGACUUUUCAGGCACAAUAUACUCUGCCACUGUUGGAAAAUUGUCUAUGCUUACUUGCUUCCAUAUUUCUGUGUGUCAAGGUGGAAGAAUGUUUAUGUGGCAAAGUUAGUCCCGACAGUUCUCGACUAAGAGGAGCCAUUGGCCUUUCUACUCGAUUAAACGCACUUCUACCAGGCGCAUUCGUUGUUACAAACAUUGCACCAUUGUUCUGCUUUACAAAAUGAUGGAUGGCCACAUCAAGAACUUUUUGAUACCUUGGAUUUUCAUCAGGUCCACCAUCCACAGACAUAAGAAUCGGUUUGAUCAACUUGUUGCUUGGAUCCUUUGUAACAAUGUCAAACUCUUCCAAUUCAAGAAGCCUUUCACAGUCCAGUCCAUGGCUCUAAGCUGAUGAUGAGCAAUGCUUGCCUGAUCUGAUGGCUAUGUCAGUUGGGCCUGUAUAUGUUACAGCUUCGGGUUUACCUAACCCCUCUUUUUUGGAUUUCAAUGCCAGCAUAAGCAGAGGGUAUGAGUUUGUGUCUAGAUGCUACUACCCAGUUGUGAUCAGGCAAUGUAACGCGGUAUUCGACAUGCAUUAAAAGUGGAGCUUGCUUGUAAGCUGCUGCCAAUCCAAUGGGGGACUCUGGCUUUGUCAUCUUGACUGAUGAAGCAUACUUCUUUAGGUCCCAACAAAGAAGCCACUUCCUCUAGGUGAUUCAAAGUAGCUGUACAAAAUCUACCAUCAAUGUGUUUUGAGUGUAAAUCAUUUUGUGCUCGAAUUAACUCCACUGGUACAGUUGUUAAUGGCGUUUGCCUUCCGAUGAUAAACUUCGUUUUGGCAAGAGCCGAGUAUAAACAGCACUUCUCCUUAUUUUAAAACCUUGAAUCUUUAAUUGUUCUGUCAAAUCAUCGAGAUUUCUAACACUAAGAUAAACAUCACUCUGUCUUUUGUCAUGAGCAGCAGACCCGUACAACGCCAUGUCAACAAUGGUUUUUAAAAGGAGCGGCUGAUCUUUUUCAAUUGUUGGUCGACCAGUUUUCUGUCGGAUCUUCAAUUGACUGCUGACGUCAGGAUUCUCAGCGCAAAUUUGAGUUUAAGUUUCUUUUUUCUGUAUAUCUUCUGCUUUUCUUGUUCAAAUUUCUUUCUUUUCAGUUUCUUUUCUAGCUCAUCAACCUUAAUUUUUUUUUUUCUUUUCCUUUUCCUGAUCUGAACUUAAAACACCACUUUCUUUUCGUCUAUACAAGCCAUUUAAAUGGCUCUUGAGGAUGCUUAUCUGGCUCUGUAAUUCAUCUUGUACUUUUGCUUUGUAUUUUACAGAUUUUUCAUCACAAGUAGUACUGGAUGGACCAGCUUCUAAAUCGAUUUCUAUGUGGUCUUGUUGAAUGGUUUGUGUUGGAUGUUUCACAACUUCUUCUUCAAUUUUUACAUUUGUGGCUGAUUUUUUAGGAAGGACAUCUACUGUUCAUAGACUGGUGUGCCCAGAAGUUCAUUAGUGUUGCCUUAUUUUUCUGUGCUAAGGCGGCAUAACUAUUCAAUGACGAAUCUGCUUUUGUUGGCAAAUCAUCCUCUUUUUUCAAUUGAAUCCAAAUUUCAGUUACCUCUCUUUGACAGUCUUGCUUACGCUUGUUGGGAAAUGCCUUUACAUUUGCUUCAUACGACAACUUGUGAAAGUUUGGUUUCUCCAUUGUAAAUUUAAAAAAAAAAAAGAAAUGAUUUAAAAAUUGUUUUAUUUCAAUUGUUAAUAAAUUUGUUUUUAAAAAAAAACAAAAAAAACAAUUAGGCCUAGGUCAAUUUAACAAUAUUUCAUAAUUCUGAACAUUCCAGAGAUGUAAUGUAUUUGUAAGAUUUCAAAUAAGUCCUAGAUAAUGUUAAAUAUAUAUCCUAAUUGAUGUACAGUGCAGAGUCACAUCCGUGAAUGGGCCAAUCCUCCUCACUUUUAGUACUUUAACUUUAGACCUAAUCCAAUUUCACAGUGAAAGCCAAUUAUUUCUAAUAGAGUCUAGUAUAACCAAUAAUGCAUUUUAUAAUUCAUAUAGACACUUAAAUAAUAUAAUGUAGACUGUGCACUUACAUAAAUCUUCAUUUUCACAGCAGACCAACAAACAACAACUUCGAAAAAAUAAUAGUCUUAUGAGUAACCAUCUCGUGUGUGCAUAUUUAGUUCUGUGUGGGGGGUCUUUUUAAAGCACAGCACGGUUUUUAAAAAGUAGGAAUAUAGUUAGUUUAAUUAAAAUCCUGAAGGUUGGGCGAGUGUGUAACACAGGACUACAAACGCUGCCUAAUUUUCCUUUGUUAAGUAAUUAAAUUUAUUAAAAAAUGUAACAUUGUUGUCAACUUUUCUUGACCUCCCCUCCCCCUUGUCAACAAUUGUCAAAAAUUUUCAGCCCCUCCCUCCCCCCUAUUUUGUUGACAUAAUUAAUUAACAGCCCCUCAUGUGACAAUGUCAUUCUACUUGUAAAAUGUCUAUACAAAUACUUCAAGUGACAUUCUACUUGUAAAAUGUCUAUACAAAUACUUCAAGUGACAGUGACAUUCUACAUUUAAAAUGUCUAUACAAAUAUGUCAAUUGACAGUGACAUUCUACUUGUAAAAUGUCUACACAAAUGCUUCAAGUGACAAUGACUACUUUAAAAAAAUGUCUACUCAGAAUCCUUUCUCAUUGAAUCAUGUGCUAGCAAAAAAAUAUUUUUUAAUUGCUUUUUAAAAAACGUUAAUUAUUUUACUAAUUCUGUUUUGUGUGUUCAGGGGCUGAAGAUUUUAAGUUGUCUUUGUCUCGACUUCGGGAGAUUCACUUCCGUAGAUACAACCUGAGACGUAGCGCCCUGGAAGUAUUCCUCAUCGAUCAGACCAACUAUUUCAACUUCACUGAAAAGGUAGAGCCACCGUAGCAUUUGAUCUUUUCUAUUGAAAAACAUAAUUCAACCAAUGAAAAUUAGGGUCAUCAUACGAAGCUUAAUAAGUGGUUCCUAACAACUUGCCUAAGAUUGUAGUUUAUAAUUUAAGUUUAAGCCUACUGGGAGUGUGUCCUGAACACACAAGAAGCAGCUUGAAAAGGCUGAAUUGUGAAAGUUGUUAGUCAAAAACCUUGUUGUAAAUGGAUUGGGGGGUGGGGGGGGGGUGUUAAAGGGCAUUAACUCUCUGCAUUCUGACGUUUUUUUUCACAUUUCUUAAAAAUCUUAAGGUGAUUUUUAAAAAUAAUUAAUUAACUGAUCAGAAAUAGCUCUGAUCUGAUUAGUUAUAAUAUUAACUUGUUCAUCUUUGACUCAGCUAUCAUUAUAUAUUUUUUUUAUAUUUUAUUUUCUCAGUUAUAAAAAUAAUUAAAAUAUAAUUGGAGUAUUAUUAUUUUUAUUUUAUGCACAAUUUUGACAAAAUGUUCACACAGUAUGAAGGAAAAAAAAUCAUUAUAUAUUUUUUUUAUAUUUUAUUUUCUCAGUUAUAAAAAUAAUUAAAAUAUAAUUGGAGUAUUAUUAUUUUUAUUUUAUGCACAAUUUUGACAAAAUGUUCACACAGUAUGAAGGAAAAAAACUCCUUGUUAUAAAAGGUUUAAAAUUUAUUUAAAUAAAAUACUUCAUCAUCUAAUACAAUUCAUAGUCAACAAACAUGACAAACAUUCUAUAAAAAAUAAAAUAACUGUCAAUAUUUUAGCAAAACCUAUAUUUUGUCUUUUUUUUUUUCUAAAAAAUUCACUAAAAAUGUUCUUUUAAUUAAAAUUAUUUUUUGUAUGUAAUAUAUUUUAAAAAAUGGGCCUCAUAACUUAUAUAUUUGUAUAUUAAAUAUAUUCCUUGAUAAUUCUUGAGUAAAAGAUAACUAAGUAAAAUUUGAUGAUUAUAUAAAUAACUAAAAAAAAAAAGCCAAUAUUGUUUUUUUUUUAAAAUAUUAAUUUGCCGGUAUUCCCUGAUGUUAAAGUUAAAAAUAUUAAAAUGUUUCAGUACAAUACUGCUAAUUUUGAUAUUAAUGCCCAAUACGAUCUAUUCCCCACUAAUCUGAUCUAUUUUUUCCUAUAUAUCGGUAUUUUUAUAUAUCUUUGUUAUAAUCCUCACAUAACGCCCGCCGAUAAACUACAGUAUUCCUUAAUUAUAUUUAUUGGACACUGAACAAAUAUUAUUUCUUAAAACAGUAUGCAUUUUAUUAUAAUAAUUAUAAUUGAUAAAUAAGAGCUUGGCCUGGACUUGAUUUCCACAUUAGAGUAGGUAACAUUUUUCACCACAGAAAAUUCACUCAAUAAAGAACCUGUGAAAAAAAAAUUUGAUUAUUCAUAAAUAAAAUUAACACUAAUGGUAUCAGUAAUAGUAUGCUAUCAGUAAGGGAAAAUAACUUAAAUCCUAGUCCAAAUGCCUAAAUUAGUAUAAAAGUAAACCAUUGUACAUAGAAAAUACAUUAUAACAUAUGUUAUAAGAAUAUUGUGAGUUUACUCUUUAUGCAUUUUGCUACCAAGUGAGUAGAUUAAAACUUACCACCAGUUGUUUUUAGGGUAAAAUCUUCAAAGAUAUUCGUCAGGUAACUUUGUAACACAAUAAAAGGGUGGGGUCCAGGCUUAAUAUGUAAGAUCAAUAAGGAAUAAGGGCUUCUUGAUCUAAUAACUGCAUUUUUAUCUCUCUCUCCUCCUUGCCAUUAGAGUUAAUGAGCUUUUGAUAAAAACAUAAAGGUUUUGUUUUUUAUUCUGUCGUUUAGUCUCUACUAAUACUAGUAACUAGCGAUAAUGAUAAUUAAUUCUAAACACAUUAUUUUUUUGUUUAUUUUUAUGUUUUAUUAUUAAUUUUAUAGUCGGGAAAUGAUAAUUAAAAUGAAGUGGAUGCGUACACCGCGGCGGUGUACCUAGCGAAGCCAUAAUUUGCAUUGGCCUGCGUAAACCACGGCGGUGUACCUAGUGAAAUCGUGGGCUUUGGCCUGGGUACACUGAGGCAAAAAUGUACUAUUGGCGUGGUUUUAAGAUUUGCCUGUUAGAAAAGAUCUUGUGUGGUCCAGUGGUAGUGUGGACGCUUGGCGAUAUUAUAUUAUGAGAUCAAUUCCCAUUAGGGGAUCGAGUUUUUUUUCCCGUUUUGAUUUAAAAUAUUUUAUAUUUAAAUUAUCAUGUUCAUUUGCGACAGUAGUUUCAUGAGGAGUUUUUAAAUAUUUUGUAGCAAUUUAAAUAUAUGUUCUAUUCAGAUUAUUAAGUGUUUCAACAAGUUGUGCCGGCCUUUUAAUUUGAAAAUAUCGGUAAUAUUCGUAAUAAGACAGAAAACAAACUGAAAAUUUCCGAAAGCGCAUGCAUAGUGUAUGUAACAUGUAUAAGAGAAACAUUUUGAAUACUAAGUUACUAAAUGAUAUUUUGUUGUGUUUCAACAUUCUUCGUGUAGUUGAAUAUAAUAUUUACAUUUUACUUUUACCAACACCCAAAGAAAAUACCAGUAUAUCCAGUGGCAUAGCUAAGGAUUUGGGGGCCCGGGGGGCUUGGCCUCUUUAGGGGCACCUGCAUUUUGACAUUCGACAUUAUUUAAUGUAAAAAAAAUUUCUGACACGCCUUUGGGGGCACCCCUCAAGUAGGGGCCCGGAGGGGACUUUCGAAUUUGGACCCCCCUCCCCUCACCCUAGCUACGCCACUGAGUAUACCAAUAAUAUCAUAAGAAUAUUAAUGUGCAUGGUCGUAUUUCAACCAUCUUGCUUUCACUAUGCAUUGGCAAAAUGUACACACGAUAUCAACGGUUCACCCCUCACCCUAGCUACGCCACUGAGUAUACCAAUAAUAUCAUAAGAAUAUUAAUGUGCAUGGUCGUAUUUCAACCAUCUUGCUUUCACUAUGCAUUGGCAAAAUGUACACACGAUAUCAACGGUUCAUUCACAACCAUCAGUCUCACAGCAAAACUGUUGAAAACACCACGAUUUUAUAAACUUUUGGAGGGGUAGCAAACUGUACAGCAAAGCCAUAGCCAUAGGUCUGCGUUUACCCUGUUAAUGGCGGACUUUGUUUCCAGAAUGGCAUGGCAUGUGCUAUUCUCAGGGUAAAACACCACGUUUUCUCACAGAAACCAUUGCACAAAGCGCUUGGGACAGGAUUUGAGCCAUUUCAAAUAUUUUUUUAUUUGUCGUUUUUUGUUAAGAAAUUGAUCAUCGCCGGGGGGGGGGGUGCUAAUGUCCGCCGGCAUUUUUUACUAAUGUGUAAUGCCAAUGUGAAACUAAAUCAAUGAUGUUUAAUUAUUGUUAAAAGACUUUUAAAAAUCACUGCAGUGUUUCGUAUUGAUCAUCAUACUGUUUUUUGUGUUGACAAUCGCUUGAUAUCACAAUUACAAUGCCUCGGACACCUUUAACUUCACCACUUCAUGAUCUAUGUAUGUGAUUCUCUUCCUGUAAUGUCUUCGUGGCGUAAUUAUAUGUUGGAGCUAACAAAAUAGAUACACUGGCUUCCCAUUCAUUUUUACACCACGUCCCGAGGGAUCACAUGCAAUGUUAUAAUUAUAAUGCCUGACCCCCCCCCCCCCCCCACAAAAACAAACAAACAGGGGCCUAUUUCAAUAUAUGGGGGGAAAUAAAGUGGUUACCUUUAAAAAUAAAUCAUGGUUUAACAUUACACCGCCAGACCCCUCCCUUCCAAUAAAUAAUAGGAAAUGCUCUACAGGUACUUUGCCAUGUGAGCGUGGAACUUACUCAAUAUCUCCCACCAAAGGUACUAAAGGAUUUUUAAAUAAAUAGUUUUCAGUUUUAACAAGAGUAUAAUGGUUCAAGACCACGGUUGGAGUACGACAAGGCUGCCUGCUCUCCCCCACCCCUAGAGAGAAUUAUGUCAGAUGCUCUGGAAGCGCAUGAAGGGACAGUAAGCAUUGAUGGCAGAACAAUGACCAACCUACGCUUUUCGGACGACAUAGAUGGAUUGGCUGGGAAUGAAGAAGAGCUAGCCAACCUGGUAAAGCGUCUCGACAAGACUUCAUCGUCCUAUGACAGGCAAAUCAGUGCCAAAAAAAAAACAACUGAUGACUAAUAUCACCAACGGCAUCGCUACUGAAAUUAAGGUCGGGAGGAAAGACUAGAGACUGUAGGCAGCUUCAAAUACCUAGGAGCAAUAGUCUCUGAAGAAGGCUCCAAGCCCGAAGUGAUGUCCAGGAUUGCCCAGACCACAACAGCACUAAAGAGGCUCAAGAAAAUAUGGAAUGACAAACAUAUAGCCCCCAGCACCAAAAUCAGGCUGAUGCGCUCAUUAGUCCUCUCAAUUUUCCUGUAUGCCUGCGAAUCCUGGACAUUAACAGCAGAUCUUGAAAGGAAAAUAAAGGCGAUGGAGAUGAGAUGCUUCAGAAGCAUUUUUGGCAUCUGCUAUAGGGACCAUAUCUCCAAUGAAACAGUGAAAGAAAGGGUUCGCCAGGCAAUUGGGGAGUACGAUGACCUACUAGUAACUGUGAAAAAACACAAAUGACAAUGGUACAACGGUUGCAAACACUGUUGAUGUGCUCGCCCCAGCGGACCUCUCUUGGAAUGGUAACACCCAGGUACUUUACGGAGGAAACUGGCUCAAGAAUAUGGACAUGCAGUUCGUAAGAGUGGUUUAGAGGGGAUCUGCUUCUGGAGACUGACAAGGGACGUGUGGCCUGGCAAUUGAUGUGGUGUUCUAGGCCUUUAUCAAGAAGGGCCGUGUGGCCUGGCAAUGGAUGUGGUGUCCUAGGCCUGUAUCAACAAGGGCCGUGUGGCCUGGCAAUGGAUGUGGUGUUCUAGGCCUGUAUCAAGAAGGGCCGUGUGGCCUGGCAAUGGAUGAGGUUUCCUAGGCCUGCAACAACAAGGUUCAUGUGGCCUGGCUGUGGAUGUGGUGUUCUAGGCCUUUAUCAACAAGGUUCAUGUGGCCUCGCAAUUGAUGUGGUGUCCUAGGCCUGCAACAACAAGGGUCAUGUGGCCUGGCAGUGGAUGUGGUGUUCUAGGCCUUUAUCAACAAGGGUCAUGUGGCCUGGCAAUUGAUGUGGUGUCCUAGGCCUGCAACAACAAAUAUUUUCCCAAAAUGCAGCGGUUAUAAACCUGUUGUUCACGCCCCCUUUAUGGGUCAAAUGACUCUUUAAAGGGGUCACCUAAGACAAUCGGCAAAUGCAUAUCCUCUACAGUUAUGAAGUACCGACGAAAAUAAUUUUAUGGUUGGGGCCGCCACAACAUGAGGAACUGCAUUAAAGGGUUGUGGCAUUAGGAAGGUUGAGAACCACUGCCAUAAUGAUUUAGGUGUAGUAUUAUUAGAAAACUGAGUUUCAUGGUACCUAUAUUAUAAUACCUGACGCAAUUUUGACAUAAUAUUAAUGUUUUAAAAAUUAAUUAAAUUAUGAUUUUUUUUUUUUUUUUAGAAUUAAAAACUUUUAGAGGUUAAAAAAAAAAAGUAACUUAAAAAUUUUUGACCUUCCCCCGUCACAAAGUGUCGCAUAUUCUCGACCCACCCCCUCUGAGCGUGACGUAAUUUGCCAGUGACCCCUAAAUGUGAAUAUUAACUUAUAAAAUAGUUUUAAAUAGAUAUUUAUCAAUGAUCAAACCUUGAUAAAUUACUACAAGGGAAAAAACAUCAGAGUCCAUUUUGACCUCACUCUCUACUAUAAUGAAAUAAAUCAUGUUACAUUCAAGUUUGAACUACUUUAUCUAUAAUAACUCAGGGAAAUGGACACUUUUGUGAAAUGCAUUUUAAAAAUUACAUUUUGUUUACACAUUUUUAAUGUGCAUGGUUUUGAACUUUAAAAAUGGAAUAUCUCAAAACAAUAAAAAUGUGACCCUGCCGUUUUUUCCCUUGUGGUCUUUAUAUCCAAGAUGCAAAGCUGUGUCGAUGUUUCAUGCAAGAUUGCUAUCUGUCAGUAAAUUUUCUGACACUGUAAACAUUUGACCCUAAAUGAGUUUUCGUAAAAUUUAUUUAAUGUCCUGUGUUAAGAUGUUCUUAAGAAAGUGGCAUUUUGGUAAAUUUUGACAAUUUAUUCCCAUUAGUGAAAAUGAAGAUGUGUUGAGCCGUUGUUGGAAAUGACACUUUCAAUGGAGGAAAAAAAUCAGUUGGGAAAGAGGGGUGUGAAAGUGCAGUCGCCACAAGUGGCACUUUUUUGGGGCAGAAAAUCCUGUUUUUUUUUCUUUUGUUUUUUUUUAGUUGCAAAAGUAAUACACUUUGAUUUACAUUUCUUUUUACAUUUAAGAAAAUAUUUCUUACUGAUGUCUAUUAAUCAAUUUAUUCAUUUUUAAGUCCCUAUCAGCUAUUGUUGAGAAUCAUACUUUUGACGUCAUUUGCGUGUUUAUUAUAGUUGCAGUGAAUUAGUAAUUAGGGUUUAAGUUGAGGGAUCGAUUUAGGGUUCAGGUUAGGCAUAGGGCUCAUAGGGAUCAAUUUAGGGUUCAGGUUAGGCAUAGGGGUCGAUUUAGUUUAGGUUUAGUGACAAAAUUAACUGGUUGUGUCCACCAAGAUGGCGGAAACCCCGGGUAGCUUUUUCUACAUUUACCAAGAAUCGCUUAUUAAAUGAAGAAAUAAGCUCAUUUGUGAUUGAUAUUGAUAUUUUUGUAAAGUACAGAACCUAGCCACAAUCACAAUACAAUAUAGUUAACUCUGCAGAAUCAAUCAAAACUUUUUUUUUUUAAAUUAAUAUUUUAAUUGUAAGAGGAAAUAACAAAUUUAAAAAAUAAUUAAGGGAAAACUUGAGAUGUUUUCUUAAUAUUUAAAGUGCACUUCGAAAUAACACUGUGACACAAGAAGUAGUCAGUAGACGUAGAGUUAGAAGGCCUCAUUUUAACUUUAAAUCAUUUGACAAAUGAGUCUUGUUAGGCUUAGAUAUUGUAAUAAUGUUAGUUAAUUAAUUUAGUACUGAAAAGUAAGUAGUAGUAGUAGUAAUAAUCUGAGUGAAUGUUUCACCAUCCUUCAAUUUACUACUUACUAAUAAAAAGUAACUUAGAGUAGAUACAGUAUUAAGUGUAAGUUAUUAUAAUAAUUAUAUAUAAAAUAUUAUUAAUAUUUACAGUAAUAUUUACGAAUUUAAAAUAAUUUUCCUAUGUUCAUCUAAUAAGCAAUUAAUUUAAUCUGUUUUCAGCGAGAAAGAUUGCCUUAAAAUUUUUUUAAUAAAAUUUAUAUUACUAUUGCUAUUAUUUUAUUUCCUUAUUAUGUAUUACAUCAGUAACAUCAGAGAUAAUUCAAAUUAGGCCAACGUCAAAGGUUGUUUACCCAAUUAUUAAUUUUAUAAAAAUAUAUUUAGAAAAUUUAUUUUUUACUCUUAGCUUCUCUGAAUAUGAUGUUGAAGGAUGCCCAUAUGAUUAUAUAGAGGUAUAUGAUGGCAGUAGUACUGGGUCUCCACUUAUUGGAAAGUACUGGCAUUCUGAUACUAAGGUAAACAAGAAAUAUUGUCGAACAUAUUAUAAUCAAUAAAUAUAGGUUUUAUUUUUAAAAAUUAACCUCAUGAAAUAAGCAAAAAAAUUGAAUAUUGCUAAUAGGAAAAAUAAAAUUAACCUUAGGAAGGAAGAGAAAAAGGGAAUUUGAUUAAUAUGGAAACUAAAAUUAACCUUAUGAAAGAAGUAAUAGAAGAGGAUAUCAUUAAUUUGGGAAAAAGUUCUGCAGUGUGAAUUUAAGGAUAUAUAGGUUGUUGUCAGAGUGGUUGUUCAAUCCAGAUUUUACAAAGUGGGUCCAAUACAAUGGAUGGAUUUCAGCAUGACGUCAUCUAACAGUCUUUGAGGUCUGGUUACCAUUUACAUAAACUUACUUUUGUAACAAUAAUAUAUGUGGGCUGAUUACCCUUGACAUUAACUUACUUUUCUGACAUAAUCUAUGUGGGCUGAUUACCCUUGAUAUUAACUUACUUUUCUGACAUAAUCUAAAGGGAAUGUUUUCCAUGUUUACCGACUUACUUUUCACGUACUUCCUCCUCAUUGCGUGAAUUGACUGCUCCGAUGGGUUUGGACAGAUCCCGAAAGGUAUUGGAGUUUUCAAGGUCCAAAAACUUGGAUGUAUAAUCCAUCAGUAUCCAUGGAAACUGAAGAAACAAAACAUAGAUCAAUGAAAAUUCUAUUCAUUUCCAAACAAAAUGUUAUCCUUUUGAUAAGGAUACAAUUAAAUUUAUUAAAUUUUUGUGGAAAUUCUAUGAUCUAACAUAAAUUCAGUUUCAGAUUUGGGCGGCGGUUGUAAUGUGGGAUGGCUGGCGGUUGUAAUGUGGGCCCGUUGAAACAGAAAUUCUUCUCAGGUUAAAAAGAAGGAGCUUGAAACAUGCCCCCAUUAGAGGGGUAAUAAGGGGAG